AUAAGUGACUGUGCCAUCUUCCUCUGAAUCAACUCUGUUCUGACACAACAUUGUCCCGAGACACUCAAAUUCCAACAACUCGACAUCCAACAUUCACAAUGAAGAGUGCCGUUCUCUCUGUCCUGGCCAGCGGUGCCGCUGCCCAAAUUACUCUUGGUGGUCUUGGUGGCCUGGGUCUCGGCCCUGAGAUUUUCCAAAAUGCUGCCAUCAACCCCAGCGACCCUGAGUACGCAACCUGCCAGGACGCCGUUUCACUCGUUCAGAAAUGUGUUUCCGCGGUUGGCGGUUUGGACGCUGCUCCCACUGCUGACGCUGAGGCUCUCGUCGCUUGCGCUUGCUGCGACGGCAGUGAGAACGCUGCUCCUCUCUACUCAGUCUGCUCCAACUACCUCGAGGAUGAAGCCCCCGAGAACACCUCUCAGUAUGAAGCUUACGGUACUCUGUACAGUGCAUGCAGGAUUGGUGCUGCCAAGUGUACCGAUAGCAACAGCGGCAGUGGUGGUAGCGGUAGUGCCAGCGCUUCAAGCCGUCCUACAGCAACUGCAGACGAUGAUGAAGACCGCUCAACCAUCACUACCCAGACCAGCCCCGCUCAACAGACCUAUGCUUCAGCUUGUGUAGACAUGCUCGGCAUUUUCACGUCGUGCACAGCCAAGGACCGUGAUUUCACAAACCUCCCUUUCAAGGAGCAGGCCGAGUGCUACUGCUGCCGUGGCUCUGGCAACGAUCUCACCUGGACCGACGCUAUGGACAAGCAUGCUCAGACCUGCGCCGACUGGGCACGCACUGGCGAGCCCAAGACCGCCUACUCCGUUGCCAAGACUUUUGCCACCUUCUGCGAGCGCUUCUCCAACGUUUGCGAGUUUGCUGGUUCCGGUGCCAAGACUCAAGGAUCUGAUUCCGAUGAGGCCAGCCAGGCCAGCACAACUGAAAACUCCAGCUCUCGCCAGACCGAUGCUUCUAGUGACGAUAAUGACAACAAUAGCGAGACCACCAGCAACAACAACGCCGGCCCUGUCACCGUCACCGUCGGCUCUCAGCCUACCGAGACUGGAAACGAUGCCACUUCGGCUCGCGCUGGCUUCGGUGCCAUCCUGGCCGUCGUUGCUGCUUUGGCCAUCUCUCUAUAAACGCAGCAAUGUCAUGACUAAAUUAGGGAGCGAUGGAGUUAAUUAAUAGUUUUCCGUUCUCGAGAAGACGUGUUGGUUCUAACGACUUGUACGGAAUGUUGAAUGAGACACCACGGGAAAAGCAUGGACGAUGCUUGGUCUUCUCUGUUGGCACGCGCUUGAGCGAUCACAUGCAGUAUAUAGAUUCCGUGUUUUGUUAAUAAUAAUCACCCAUUUUAACAAACUCCUUUUAUCUAUGAGUGUUGCAGCCAGCUUAUUCCGAUUGUAAAUCUAUACCAACACCCUUCAAUGCUCCAACUGCCCAUUCCGGAUACUCUGCCUUGUCAGCAUAUAGCCAAGCAAAGAACUGCCGCACAAAUGUAGGGAAGCGAUCCUCAAUAAUUGACUCUCGUAUUUGGCGCAUGAGGUUUAGUUGGUAGAAGACGUUGUGAAUCGUCAACAAGUGCGCCGCUACAGUCUCCUUGGAAGCGUUGUGGUGGAUAAAUGCUCGUGUGACACCCAUCCCUCCUUCAGCAGUUGGUUUGCAGACCAUGCACUUGCAAUCCUCCUCGACAGGACUGAAAUCAUGGGCGUACUUCUUGUUGCGCAUGUUGAGAACGCCAUGUUUGGUGACUCCGUUUCCAAAUCGAGCUGUUCGUGUGGGCCACACACAGUCAAACAUGUCGGCACCCAACGCAACACUCACCACCAGAUCUUCAGGAUAACCAAUACCCAUGACGUAUCGUGGUUUCAAGUCAGGGAGCAUCUCUGUACAAGUCGCAACAACUCUGCAGUAGUCUGCUUUCGCUUCACCACCACUGAGUCCGCCGAUUGCAAUACCAGGUGUGUCACGAGCCAGCAUUUCGCGACAGCACUCUCGACGCA